UAGUUUCUGUGUCUGUAUCUCCAAGUCUCUGCUGCUACUAGUAUUAUCAAAUCAAACUUCCAUUCAAAACUCAGAUCAAUUAAUUAGAAAAAGAAGAAAAAGAAGAUGUCGUGGCAAGCGUAUGUUGAUGAUCACUUGAUGUGCGAGAUCGAAGGUAACCACCUCUCUGCCGCCGCUAUUCUCGGUCACGAUGGCAGCAUCUGGGCUCAAUCUGCCACCUUCCCUCAGGUCAAGCCAGAGGAAGUUACUGGUAUCAUGAAUGACUUCAAUGAACCCGGGUCACUUGCACCGACUGGCUUAUACCUUGGUGGGACUAAGUACAUGGUUAUUCAAGGCGAGGCAGGAGCUGUGAUUCGAGGGAAAAAGGGACCUGGGGGUGUUACCGUUAAAAAGACAGCAAUGUCCUUGAUCAUUGGUAUCUAUGAUGAACCUAUGACUCCAGGCCAGUGCAACAUGAUUGUUGAAAGGCUUGGUGACUAUCUUCUCGACCAGGGCUUUUGAUUUUAUUUUGGAACUGAUACAGUACUAGUAAUUAAAGUUGUGGAAAGCUCCUGGAGAUGUAAACCAGUGUUUGAUGCCUGACGGCAGAUAUAAAACAAUCUUUUGAAUUGAUCCGACUUUCCCCUUGUAUUAUACUUAUCAUGAUUAAGUGUGAUGGAUAUGGGGCACUUGUUUAGUUAUUUUUUUUUCUUAUGGAGUGGUAUUUGAUGAAUGUUUUAAA